GAUAUUUUCAGUCAGUCAUCAUUUGGCAGACUAACAGCUCGCAUCGCUGGAAAUAUUGAAACCACCGAAAAUAAUAACAAGCUUAACUCAUUACAAAUCAUUAUUUUGAAUAUAACCGCGCGACGGACGGGGUGCCAUCAAGAAUAAACAAACAUUUGAUCGUUUUUAACUGUUUUUCGUUGUUUGAACUGCGUAAUACCUGCGUUCUGACGUUUCAAAGAUCUGUGUGGUGAAUUGGAAAGUUUCAAAAUAAAACAAAUAAUUAUUUGUUGUUGUUAUUUUACUUAAUACAACCCAGACCUUAUAACAGCUGUCAACAUGUCUCAUCAUUGGGGUUACACUCAAGAAAACGGACCCGACAAGUGGUUCGUUGAAUUCCCUCAGGCCAAGGGCUCCCGCCAAUCACCCGUUGAUAUCAACACUAGCUCUGCCAAAAAGGGUAGUGACUUGAAAGUCUCACCACUCAAAUGGAAAUAUGUUCCUGAACACACCAAGAGUUUGGUGAAUCCCGGCUAUUGCUGGCGAGUUGAUGUAAAUGGUACUGAAUCCGAAUUGACCGGAGGACCUUUGGGAAACAAUAUCUAUAAAUUAGAACAAUUCCAUUGUCAUUGGGGCUGCAAUGAUGGCAAGGGCUCCGAGCAUACUGUCGAUGGUGUUUCCUAUGCUGGUGAAUUGCAUUUGGUCCAUUGGAAUACCACAAAGUACAAGAGCUUUGGUGAGGCAGCUUCCAAGCCUGAUGGUUUGGCUGUAUUGGGAGUUUUCCUUAAGCCUGGCCUCCACCACCCUGAAUUCGAUAGGGUUUCUAGUCUCUUGCAAUUCAUCAAACAUAAGGGUGAUCGUAUAACCCUACCCAAUGGUUGCGAUCCUGCCAAACUUUUACCCAGCACCACCACCUAUUGGACUUAUGAAGGGUCCUUGACCACUCCCCCCUGUUCGGAGUGUGUCAUCUGGAUUGUCUUCAAGACCCCCAUUGAAGUGUCUCAUGAGCAAUUGGAAGCUAUGCGUGACAUGAACUGCUACGAUGUCAAAGAAGACUGUCCUUGCAAUGAGUUGAAUGGCAAGGUUAUUAACAACUUCCGCCCUCCUUUGCCAUUGGGCAAUCGCGAAUUGCGUGAAAUUGGUGAACAUUGAUAGAGAGACAGCUAGAGAGCAAAUGUUGAAAACAUAACGAAAUGCAUGAACAAAUGGUAUUAAUGCUUUAUCCGGAGUUUAGGUCCUAUUUACUAAGUAUUCCACGGAAUAAUUUUAUUAUAAAUUAUUCACAAGAAGUUUUUUUUUUGUGUUAAUUUACCAUUUUUUGCUUAUGUUGUUGAUAAUAAACUUUAAUAGAUAUUCAUCUAAUUGUGUGCACUGAUCAUUGUAAAUGCACUUAUAAUGACAGUUAUUUAGUAAUUUAAAUUUUAAAUAUGACAAUUGUUUAUAAAAAUAAAAAAUCAUCAAAUAUGGUUA